AUGGCCACAAAAACUCUAUCCAGAACAUUCAAACAGUUGAUCUUUCGAUCACGGCCCUCUAGCCGCAUUUUGGGGCCGGCCCUGAGCCUCCGUGGACCGGAAUGCGCCUUGAGCGUGCACACUGCUGCUGCGAAAAUUUCGGGACUUACCUCCUCACCGUCACACCAUAGACCAACGCUGCGUCCGCAACAUCAGCCCACUGCACCGGGGACGCAGCUAAAUGCUCCUGUGGGCAGUCGGAGCAUAUUUAUACAAACUGAGAAUACUCCUAAUGCUGAUGCAUUGAAAUUUAUCCCAAAUCACUCCGUCCUCCCAGAAAACUUCCCAACCACUUUCCUAGAAUACCUCUCCCCACGCUCGACCCUCGCACCACCUUACCCCUCCCCCUUAGCAUCAAAACUCCUCAAUGUCGAUGGCGUAUCAGCCGUAUUCUACGGGCCCGAUUUCAUCACCAUUACCAAAGCCGGCGACGCAAACUGGGCACAUAUCAAACCGGAAGUGUUCAGUCUGAUCACCGAAGCCGUAACUGCCGGCGACCCAAUUGUCACUAUCUCCGAGGCAGGGGCUGGAAGCAAAGCCCAGGAAGAAGAUUCGCUAAGCUACAAUGAAGACGAUGACGAGGUUGUUGGUAUGAUUAAAGAGUUGCUGGAGACAAGGAUCCGUCCGGCGAUCCAGGAGGAUGGUGGCGACAUUGAGUUCCGCGGUUUUGAGGAUGGGAUUGUUAAUUUGAAGUUGCGGGGUGCCUGCCGGACGUGCGACUCUAGUACGGUGACGUUGAAGAAUGGGAUUGAGUCGAUGUUGAUGCAUUAUAUUGAGGAAGUUAAAGGAGUCAAUCAGGUGCUGGAUCAAGAGGAAGAGAUCGCCCUGAGUGAAUUUAAUAAGUUCGAAGAAAAGUUGCGGCAGCAAAAGGGUCCUCAGGCGACUGUGUCGAGCAGUCUGGAAACGGUUAAGUGA